AUGAAAUUUUACACUGAUAUAAAGGCUAAUAAUAACGUUGUAAUUUUGUUCGAUAAUAACACUGAGGAAUUUUUAGAAUCUAUCGAAAAAUAUGAACCGAUUGUACAUUAUUUAACAGAUAAAGAGGAAUUACACGAGUCACAUAGUUUAAAUAUUUCUAAACAUCAAAUAUAUUUAAUUGGCAUACACACUGGACGUGAUAAAAGUGGAUUCACUGAUUCGGCUUUUGCUCAACCAAUAGAAUUUAUUCUCAAUAACAGUCCAUUUGAAAUACAUCUUGUUGGUAUAUAA